AUGUUAUCAUCUAAUGAAACUAUUAUUGAAGUUUUACAUCAUGCAACAAUUCAAUUUAAUCGUUAUUUAUCCAUUAUUAUUUAUCUUUUUGGUACAGUCGGUAAUAUUCUUAAUGUUAUUAUUUUAUCACAAAAAAAAUUUCGUUCGAAUUCAUGUGCUUUUAUUUUUCUUAUAUCAUCUAUUGCUAGUCUUAUUGCUAUUUUAUCUGGACUUACAAAUCGAAUGAUUGCCGGUUGGACAGUUGAUCUAACAUCUACUAUUAAUUGGCUUUGUCAACUUCGUGCUAUGGUUUUAUUUACUUCAAGAACAAUUGUUUUAUGGUUAAUAACAUUAGCAACUAUUGAUCGAUGGUUAUUAUCCUGUUUUAAUGUUCGUCGACAACAAAUGCGUACAUUAAAAACUGCUCAACAAUGUACAAUUAUAAUUAUUAUUUUUUCAAUUUUACUUAAUGCACCAAUAAUCUAUUGUUAUGAAGCUAAUUUACUUGAAACACCUGUUCAAUGCUAUGGUAAAACAGCAGCUUGUCGUAUUUAUACUGAUAUAAUGUAUGGAUGUGGUUCAAUAUUAAUUCCUUCUUUAUUUAUGACAUCUUUUUCUAUAAUGAUUAUUUUAAAUAUACGUAAAACACGACGUCGUAUUGGAAUUUUUAAUAUAUCAACAAAUCAUGUUAGAAGACAAAGGCAAACAAAGAAAAGAGAUCGUCGAUUAUUAAUUAUGUUACUUGUACAGGUUACUUUUAUUGUUGUACUUACUUUUCCACAAGCUAUUCAAAAAUUAUACGCAACUAUAACAUUAGAUUUUAAUAGUUCAUCAAAAUCAAUAUUACAAAUUGCUAUUGAAGAUCUUAUAUUCAAUUUUGUUGUACUUCUGACAUAUCUUGCUAAUGGUUUACCAUUUUAUAUAUAUACAUUAAGUGGUGGAAAUGUAUUUCGAAAUGCAUGUUGGCAACUUAUAAGAGCGUUUGGUCAAACAAUAACUUGUCAAAAUAAUUGA